AUGGCAUGCCCAUUCGUGCGAGAUGUGGUGGAUGAAGAAGCACUUGUGCUGAGGAGAGCCUUCAGGCGAGAAAGGGUCUUCAGGGACCGGUUGGACCCACUGGCCUUCCCUGAUGACCAUCUAUAUGAAAGAUACAGGUUUUCUGCAGAUGGCAUCAGGUAUCUAUGCAGACUACUGGGUCCCAGGAUUAUGCACCGCACUGCACGGAGCCAUGCACUGAGUGUGGAGCAAAUGGUUUGUGUGGCCUUGCGCUUUUUUGCUAGUGGAGCCUUCCUGUACUCAGUGGGGGAUGCAGAACAGCUGAACAAGGCCACAAUUUGCCGCACAAUAAGGAAGGCCGAUUUUGUGAAUAGGAAAUCCUUUCACAGCAUUAAUGUUCAGAUGGUCUGCAAUGCUGACUGUGUGAUCAGCAAUGUUGUGGCAAAAUGGCCUGGCUCAGUCCAUGACUCCAGAAUCUUUCGGGCCUCUGAAAUCUAUCAGUGCCUAUCACAAGGUGAAUUCUCUGGUGUGUUGCUGGGAGACAGGGGGUAUGGCUGCCAGCCUUUUCUCCUGACACCUUUCACAGACCCCCAGGAAGCACAGCAGGCCUACAACCAUGCCCAUGCCAGGACCAGGGCCAGAGUUGAAAUGACCUUUGGCCUCCUGAAGGCACGCUUUCACUGCCUUCACAAAUUAAGGGUCAGCCCUGUUAGGGCAUGUGAUAUUACUGUGGCUUGUGCUGUCCUCCACAAUGUGGCCUGCCUGAGGAAGGAGAGGGCCCCCAGAGUGCCACCAGCCAUGGACUGGGACAAUCCGGCAAUCUUCCCUGAUGACGACAGUGGUCGGCUGCUGAGGGACCAAUAUGUGUUGAAUUAUUUUAGUUAGUAUGUGUGCUUUCAAUUUUGGUUAAAUAUGUCCUGCGGUGGCAGAGGAAUUUGGGUUUUUUUGGGUUCGUUUUUUUACGAAUUUGGCCUCUUAUGAUGUUUUGUGCGGUAUACUGUGU